AUGAAAGACUUUCAAGUCGAAAUUAAGUUGGAAAAUGAUGAUUCAAGUCAGCCCUCCCAGAAAUACCUUAUGGAAACCGUGACCAUUAAAGACUUGGAAAGUGGUCAAUUGGAUAUAGACCUACUUUUAUCACAUAUCUCCCUAUUGAAGGAAAAACUGUCUCAUUUACGGUACCAGAUGGUUUCAAGUCUUAAACUGCUAGCCUCAGUUGACAGUAGUACCGGCCCAAGUGGGUUUUUCCAGACGGUCUCAACUCAGGUUUCAGACAUAAAACGGGAUAUCGAAGAGUAUCACCAAGAACUGCAAAAAGUUUUACCGGUGGUACGAUUUUGCAAGAUCAAAAUGGGCCUGAGCCCCAAUGAUUCUGUGAAAGUCACGAAGCAUGAGGUUAAAAUCCAGUACCCCAAUGGUUCUGGGGCUCUAGUCGGCUCUGUACCAGGGUCUAACGACAAACAAGAUAGAAGGGUUCUACAGCAGAAAAAGACUGCUGUGAGGAAGCCAAGAAAAAAUAUUAAAAAGACUCCAAAUAUAAACCAAUCAGGUCAUACUCCUUCCAGUCUAGGCAAUACUAACGGAAAUGCUCAAACGCCAAUGUACCAGAUGAAUUUACAGUCACAACAGUUACAACAACCUCCACAAAUCCAACAGCAGCUCCCACAACAGCCGCCUUUACAACAAUCACAACAACAACACCCCCAAGCACAGCAACAACCACAACAAAUUCAAUAUGAACAAUACGCUCAGCAGGCCCAGCAAGAUUACGGCUCUGCUAAUCAGCCCAUUCUACUGUGA